AGUCGUGAGAAGCUCCUUUCAGCUCCGAGCCCAGCCCCGUGCGCCUCCCAGCACCAGGAUGGUUUCCUUCAUCCUCUGCCUACUCCCUGCUCUCCUAGCUACGAGUGCACAAGCUGCGAUCCUGACAUGUGACACGUGCUUUGGCCUAACGGAGACCUGCAAUUUCGCUCCAGGAACCUGCCAAGUCAACAAGGCUACUGGUGGCUGCCUCUCCGUGGCGGAAGAUAUUAAAUUGGGUGGGACACAGAACACAAACUUCUACAAAGAGUGUCUGAGUAACCAUAAGAGUGACAUAGAAGUCCCCAUCUCCUUCACUGUUGGGAAUGGCAAUUACGUGAGGAUCAACACUACACGAUGCAACACAGAUAAUUGUAACUCGGCUGUACCUGGAGUGCCCAAGGGGAGCACCACCGCGAAUGGGCUGCAGUGCCCGACCUGCUUCGCUCUGAACUUCACUGUCUGCAACAGCUCAGUCACCCCUUGUACCGGGGAUGAGACCUACUGCAUGGAUUUCACUGGGUUUCUAUACAAAGGUUCAUCUCCUUUGCCAUUUCAAGCAAAAGGCUGCACUACAGCGUCUCCCCAGGUCAUUAAACCUGGAGCCAUCCUGACUACGGCACACACCCCCAACACAACCACCACCACCUCCGCUACUACCGACACCACUACCAACACAACCACCGCCACCAUCCCCAACAUAACCACCCCCCUCAAUGCAACCACCACCUCCCCUACAACCACCACCCCCGACACAACUACCACAAAGAAAACCACCACCAUCCCCAAAGCAACACCCACCCCUACAACCACCACCACCACCACACCCACUACUCCACCCAAAACAAACACCUCACCCAAACCCGCCCUCCCCACCCAAACAACCCGCAGUGGGGCCAGCCCGGCGCUGGGGAAAUUCUCCUUCGCCCUCUACCUGCCUGGCCUGACUGGGCUGCUGCUGGUGAAGCUGCUCUCCUGA